AUGUCACAAAAGUUCAAGGUUAGAAAGCUCAGAGAUUAAAAGCCAGAAGAUCUACUUAAGGAUUUAGAGAAGCUUAAGUCAGAACUCAUUCAAUUGAGAACAGUCAAAGUUUCAGCUGGUAAUGCUUAAAAACUUGGCAGAAUUGGUCUUGUGAGAAAGAGAAUUGCAAAAUACUUAACCGUCAUUAAUGAAUAAAGAAGAAAUUAAGUUAAAUCAACCACUAAGUCAAGCGGAAAACUUCCAGUUGAUCUAAGAGGUAAAAAAACAAGAGCAAUCAGAUAAAGAUUAACCAGAAGCGAAAGAGCUUAAAAGACUGCCAGAUAAUGGAAAAAACUGAAUAAUUUCCCUUUGAGAAAGUUUGCUUUGAAAGAAUGAUUCAUUUAUAAUAAUAAUAGUACAUUAUUCUUAACUAGUAUAUUUAUUAA